UGGUAGUCAUACGCUGGCCCGUUGCGAGCCCGUUGAUAUAGCUGCGCUGUUUCUCGCACCUAGUGUGAAUUACGUAUAAUUAUAUCUACGUUAUAUGCGUUACGCAACAGUGACGACCGUGUGUUCUAAUCCGAUCGAAGUGUGCCUGCGAAGAAAUCCGGUGGCAGAUCUCGUCGAUCAGUUUUCGCCGUUUUUUUUUUCUCGAUAACCAACGUUUGUUCGUCGUGAAACAAACGCGAAAGGCGCGAAAAGAACUCGCGCCGUUCUCGCCGUUCAUUGUUUUCUUCGAAGACGAUCAAACGAUACGAUUGACAACGAAUAUCCGGUACGACGGUUAACGGUGACUACGAGUGCGACAGCUGUCAAAGCCGGAGCGCUCGAUGUUUCAGUGCAUCUCAACGCUGAUAUAUCCGGCGACGUUUGCUCACAAACACAUGGUCCAUGUUUUGUUUCUGUGAUCACCUUGCCGUGGCUCCCUCUCGAUCGCUUCCGCUCGCGGCAACGAGCUGCCAUCGUGUCCGAAGCGCGCGCUCCAGCGACCUCGUGUUCGAGGGCAGCGUGUAUGACGCGAUGAGAAGACGUGGGUAGGCUCGCGAUGCUUGGGCAGCGGCAGUGCUUCCAGUGAGAUGCUUGUCGACAGACGUAGCCGUAGUAGCAGUAGAAUCAUCGACACGAUCCCCAAGCCCGUGAUCAACGACCUGGCUGUCAUCGGCAACGCGUUAACGUCUGGCAUCUGGAACGAUUCUCGUUCGGAUGAGAGCGCGUGAUUGACAUUAUCCCGAACGAUCAAAUCCCGAUGUAAUAUCGAGAACUCACCCUUCGUAUUGCAUUUUCCAUCAUUUUCUCCGUCGUUGCCGCUCGCCACGAAGCGGAACAUCCGCGGACGGAAGUGCAACGUCACUAACGGCGUUAAAUCGACGGCGCGACCGACGGCUCGCCGUUACGUUCAGACGCGUGCAUUUAAUGGUUCCGUGAUCGUUUACAACAUGAGCCUUAUGUGAGGGAAGGAAUAAGAUACGGACAAUAUCGAGUGAGAGAGAGAUAGAGAGAAAGAGAGAGAAUUUUUGAAUUUUUUUCACGCCUCUGAAGAGCGGUGUAUUUUACAAAAUUGUUGGAGACGUUCUUUAGCAACUUUAACAACGGUAAUCGAACGGAGAGAUGGAUACGCUUUUCAUUAUCGGCAUCUGCUUCUUCUGCUACGAAAUAUGCGAUUUACUCAGAAAGUAUUCCGCCCCGCAAGCGAUAGAAACGCAUUGCCCGGCGGAAAGGACUACCACAAAGGCGCUGCCCCCGCAAAAGAUAUAUUCGAUUUCUCGCAAGAUCCAAGAACCUCCUCGCGCCUGUUGCCCGCAAUAGACCGCGCGUUUGACUUCGGGUUCGGGUAAUUCCACCUAGAAUCAUUUAACAUCUGUUAGUGUGGGAAACGAGGCCGCUUUGUGCGAGCUACGGCGGGAGCUACCGAGGAUUUUGAGGCUGAACCUCAAACGGAUAUAGAACUCCGCCGAGUCGAGUCGAGCCGAGCCGGGACAAAUGGAUGGCCGCACGAGAUAGAUUUACAGUUCCGCGCAGUGAUAACAGACGCCCGUCUCGGAGAUUCAUGAUGUUUACGGAGGUUCGAGGUAGCGAGGACGCGAUCGAUAAUGAUUUGUCAGCUGUUACGCCACCUGGAACGUAGAGACCAGCGAAUCGACCAAUUCUUAGGUGACAAGUUUCGUAGAUGUGGUCACGAUCGUGAACGGCAAUUCGCGUAUUCAUGUCGAUAAAUGUGUCGUUUCAUUCAUAAACGUUGUGAAUGAGAUAAAACGUUGUCAGCGAGUUGCGAAUCGAUAAAAACACGACGAUGGAUAAGAUCCGUCGGACGAUUUCGCCUAUGAAACAACGAGACGAUGUGCUGACGGGACUUGUUAAAAUCAUCGCUGAUAUUCUGUAUUCGUGAUAUGCCAGUAUCGACGAUGUGCUUCAGCUGUUCGCGAAUAUAUAAAACCACGGCGACAAGUUUACUCGAGCGGAAUCAGAAUCGCUACAGCGCGCACACAGUGUUGUCGUCGUGUAAUACGGAAAGUAAAAGAUGGAUCGUUAAGUUUUUGAGAGAGUAAGUGAUAUUGAUUGAGACAUAGCGGCUGAUAGCUUGUCACGAACGAAACGAGGGUAAAGCAAACUUGCUUGACGAACUCCUCGGUACGUGCCUGUGAAUGCAAACUUUCGCGUUGGACGAGGAAACGUCGUUGCAACCGCAUCGCAUAAACAAGAAGUGAAGUUUCUUUUGUGUACGUCAGCCAAACCGGUGUGGUCGAGAAUAGUAGUGCAUUAUUCCUCAAAAUAUAGCGCGUAUGGUGUCAGCACUAUGCUCGAAGGAAGAAGAACAGUAAUGUCGUAAUGUCGUUUAAUGCGAUUUUAUAUGUUCACUGCCUAUAAUCCAAUCUUAAUGUUUGUAAUCGUAAAAAGUUUCUAUAGAAAUAAUCUCGCGGUUGAUGCAGCAGCUACGUCGUAACGCAAAAACAUUUCGUCGAGAUUAGAAGAAAAGAAAGAAGGAUUGGUCGCUCGAAAUGCGCCAACCGAAGAAAAAUUAGACUGUUUUUACAUUUUGUAAUUAACUACAAAGAUCUGAUUUAUCUUUAACAAAAACGCGGUUAAAUAAUAAUAAAAUAUGUUUGCAAUGCGUUGCUAUCGGCGAAAUUUCCUUCCGAAAUCAAAAUGGCAUUCGCACUGUUCCUUAAGUUUACCAAAAACAAUUCAAUAACGUCAAGUAAAAGCGUCGUGAAUUAAAUUGCUAUAUUUUCUGAUGAUGUGAUUUAUGGUGCAUGCAUCAAACCGCUUUCCGAGUCCUCGCUUGUGAGUGUGUUUCUGAUCAACCAAAGUGGGAUCUCUCAUACCGGAAGAUUUAGCGCGAGGACGCAAGGCGAGAUUCGUUCGUCAAUACGACGAGGGGGGAGGACCAUGACUAAUGUUCGAUACCAGCCCCAAAGUUCGGUGUCCCGGCGUCACGACGCUCUCUUGACCUCUUUUUGGUCGAUACCCCGAGAGAGAUCAAAACGAGGAAUCAACGAAAAUUAGAAGACAUGGACUCGCUGGAGCGUCUGAUGAGUUCCCGUUCUCACCAUCCGGCUCUCACGGCAGCCACGCGAUCGCAGAAUGCCUUUGUACAGGCCAACCUCUGCUCCGUGAUAGGCCGCAAAGGACGACACCUCAACGGUACCUUUUGUUUAACCGGGGACACGAUGGAAGGCAUCAUACAAUGCCUGGUCUUCCUCAAAGCUUUCUCGCUCGUAGGCGGUGAAUUCGACAUGGAGCUGAAUUUCGUGAUACAGGACGCGCAGAACAUUAGGCACAUGCUGGAGCUUCUCGACCAUUGCCCACCCAAUCUCCAGGCCGAAAUAUGGAGCGUCUUUAUUGCGAUUUUAAGAAAAAGCGUCAGAAAUUUACAAGCAUGUACGGAUGUGAGUCUCAUAGAACAUGUUCUGCAUCGAUUAUCUCGUGCGGAAACUGUUGUCGCCGAUUUGUUAAUCGAUAUGCUGGGAGUGCUAGCAAGCUACAGCAUAACGGUGAAAGAAUUAAAACUUUUGUUUGGCGCUAUGAAAGCUGUUAAGGGAAAAUGGCCACGACAUUCGGCGAAAUUAUUAAACGUUCUUCGUCAAAUGCCGCAGCGCAAUGGACCCGACGUAUUUUUCAGUUUCCCCGGCAGGAAAGGGUCGGCGAUUGUUUUGCCACCGCUUGCAAAGUGGCCACACGAGAAUGGAUUUACCUUUACCACAUGGUUCCGCCUAGAUCCCAUCAACUCUGUUAAUAUCGAACGAGAAAAACCGUACCUCUACUGCUUUAAAACAAGCAAGGGCGUAGGAUAUUCUGCACAUUUCGUAGGCAACUGCUUAGUCCUGACUUCUAUGAAAAUAAAGGGCAAGGGCUUCCAACAUUGUGUCAAAUAUGAAUUUCAGCCACGAAAGUGGUAUAUGAUCGCGGUAGUGUAUAUAUACAAUAGAUGGACAAAAAGUGAAAUUAAAUGUCUGGUCAAUGGUCAGUUGGCAUCGAGUACAGAAAUGACAUGGCAUGUUUCGACGAAUGACCCUUUUGACAAAUGUUAUAUUGGAGCAACCCCCGAACUGGACGAAGAGCGCGUGUUUUGUGGGCAAAUGAGUGCAAUUUAUUUAUUCAGUGAAGCGCUGACGACGCAUCAAAUAUGCGCGAUGCAUCGAUUGGGGCCGGGAUAUAAGAGUCAGUUUCGUUUCGACAACGAGUGCUACCUGAAUCUGCCUGACAAUCAUAAAAGGGUGAGUGAGCAGGAUCUCUCUACGAGCAUGGUGGACCAAAGUAUGCAAAUUGUACUUUACGAUGGAAAACUGUCGAAUGCAAUUGUGUUCAUGUAUAAUCCAGUAGCAACGGACUCGCAGCUUUGUCUACAGAGCGCGCCGAAAGGCAACAUCUCUUAUUUUGUACAUACACCGCACGCUCUCAUGUUACAGGACGUCAAGGCAGUCAUAACACACUCAAUUCACAGCACGUUAAACUCGAUAGGCGGUAUUCAAGUACUAUUCCCAUUAUUCUCACAGCUGGAUAUGCCUUACGACUGCAUAGCGCCGAAUGACAUUAAGCGCGAUCCUACAUUAUGUUCAAAAUUGCUCGGGUUUAUUUGCGACUUGGUAGAGAGCUCUCAAACUGUUCAACAACACAUGGUACAAAACAGAGGAUUUUUGGUAAUAAGUUUCAUGCUACAGAAAGCAAGUCGAGAUCAUCUCACGACAGAAGUUCUCGCAUCCUUUUUGGAGCUUACGAAACAUUUAGUGACCUGCCUCAGCGCAAACAGCGAUUUAUUAUUAAAACAGUUGUUUUAUUUUUCAUUCCUAACAUGGCAGCUACUGGAUCACGUCCUUUUUAAUCCCGCUCUCUGGAUAUAUACGCCAGCGCCAGUACAAACACGGCUUUAUUCAUACCUGGCCACAGAAUUUCUUAGUGACACGCAAAUUUAUUCCAAUGUUAGACGCGUAUCGACAGUUUUGCAAACGGUACACACACUCAAGUAUUAUUACUGGGUAGCUAAUCCUCGAGCCAAAAGUGGAAUAACGCCGAAGGGACUCGAUGGACCGCGUCCGCAACAGAAGGACAUUCUUACAAUUCGUUCUUAUAUCUUAUUAUUUUUGAAACAAUUAAUAAUGAUUGGUAACGGUGUAAAAGACGAUGAAUUACAGAGUAUACUUAAUUAUCUAACGACGAUGCAUGAGGAUGAAAAUUUGCACGAUGUUUUACAAAUGCUGAUAUCCUUGAUGUCGGAACAUCCGUCAUCGAUGGUACCCGCAUUUGAUGCGAAACAAGGAGUACGAACCAUUUUCAAGCUUUUGGCAGCCGAAAGCCAGCUGAUACGUUUGCAAGCGUUAAAACUAUUAGGGUUCUUCCUUAGCCGCAGUACACAUAAACGAAAAUACGAUGUCAUGAGUCCUCAUAAUUUGUACACAUUAUUGGCUGAAAGGCUCUUAUUAAACGAGGAAACUCUCUCAUUACCGACAUACAAUGUUUUAUACGAGAUUAUGACCGAGCACAUCAGUCAACAAAUAUUGUAUGCUAGACAUCCUGAACCUGAAUCUCACUACCGUUUGGAAAAUCCGAUGAUUCUGAAGGUAGUCGCAACAUUAAUUCGACAAUCAAAACAAACGGAGCAGCUGCUGGAAGUGAAAAAGCUGUUUCUUUCGGACAUGACGCUGCUCUGCAACAAUAAUCGGGAAAAUCGGCGAACGGUUUUGCAAAUGUCCGUUUGGCAGGAAUGGCUUAUCGCCAUGGCUUACAUUCAUCCGAAGAAUACGGAAGAGCAGAAAAUAUCCGACAUGGUGUAUUCCUUAUUUCGCAUGCUUCUUCAUCAUGCUAUCAAACACGAAUACGGUGGCUGGCGUGUAUGGGUUGACACGUUGGCUAUCGUACACUCUAAAGUAUCGUACGAGGAAUUCAAACUUCAGUUUGCUCAAAUGUAUGAGCAUUAUGAACGACAGAGAUCCGACAACAUUACGGACCCUGAGUUAAGACAGCAAAGGCCAAUCAGCACGAUUUCUGGAUGGGAUCAACAGCAUUCCGGAAGCAACGGAUACAAUAGACCAACAACGUGGGGAAAUCAGCAAAAUCAUGAGAUACAACAUAUGGAAAGAAAUUACAAGGAGUUUGAUUCAUCCGAGGCAAAUGAUCGAUUGGAAGAAUCAUGCAGUUGCGACCUUAAUUCAAUAGAUAAUACCGAAAGCGAUGGGAGUCCGGCCAUCAUAAAAUCACGCAGCGAGACUUUAGAUACAUUACAAUCGUGCGAGGUGGUAUCGCUGGAUUCCAGAUUGAGCGACAAACCGGAAACACCUACCACUGCACGGGAGGCUCAUACAGAGACGCCGACGAUUCUCGAAGAAGCGAACAGCGAAGCUAUCUCGUUGCCGACUACGCAAGAAACCAGCGAAGUGAUAUCGAUUGAGAGCUCCAGUGACUUUUACAGCGAGGUACACAAAAUCGAGAGUUCCAGUCCUGAUUCGAUGAUAGUUCAGGACACAUUGAAAAGAGAAGAAGAAAAUACACCGAAAAAAGAAGAAGAACUCACAGUUCUCGAGAAGCAAUCAGUUAUUGUUACCGAAUCCUCCUCGACCGAACAGAUUAAAGAAAGUACAGAAGCGACAAUUGUAGAAUCAAAAGAGCCAAAAGAAACUGCGAAAGAUACAAACAUCUCUGACACAGUUUCUGCAGCAGUGGAUAAAGUUGAAGAUCCGUCAGGUACAGACGAGAAAAUAAAGGAUAAGCCUGUUGAGGAAAAUAAUGUCGCGACCGAUGACAGUAAUACGCCGACCAAUAAUGAAGAUUCCGACAAGACUGCAACAGCGGUUGAAAGUACAGACGACUCUGUUGCUACAAAGGCCGACAUCGAUGCCGACACUGAAGAAGAUACCGUGCCAAUUGUCCCUUCUGACGAAACGCGAGAAGCGUUGACGAUUAAAGUUAUCGAAAAGCUUCAAUUGGAGAACGAUCGCGAGAUAGUUGACAGUGAUACGUCAGAGGCAUAUUUGACGCCAACUGAGAAUCAAGAGAUCUCGAGCGAGAUAAAAAGCAGAACGUCCGAAGGUGAGAAAAUUGUCAACGACGACACCGUCGAGAAGAAGGACAUUUCUGAAGACAGGGACACUACUAUUGAGACUGGUGAGAACGACGCAGGGGAAAUUGUAAAAAAUCCUAAUUGCUCAACUAGCAUAGUAGAAAGCGGUGAGGCUUGCGCGGAGAAGGCGGUAGAUCUAGAAAGCGAGAAGGUGGAACCCGUAAUAGUGAAUAGUGCGUUAAGUAGUGACGAACGCGCUACGGAUUCUUUAACGGAGGACAAAAGUGCUGUUAUUAAUGAUAACGAAGACGCGAAGGUAAAUGAGAAACACUCAAGGGAGCCGUCCACUAUUUCUACUAGCGUAAGUGAUAAUAAGUCAGACGUUCCGGCGACGACUGGCGAGGUAGAAAUUACAGAUAGUGUUUGUAGUAAUAGCGAUGUUCAAAGUUCUGUAGAUAAUGUGACGCAAGUGCCAAAUCCUAAGCAGCAAAUCCCAACAAUAUCUACGGUCUGUGAUGCAACUAAAAGUUUAUCCGACGGUGUGCCUCAAAUCGUUAGUUCUAAUGUGGUUGCCAGGGACAAUGCGUUAUUGAAUGACUUAACUCCAGAUCACGUAGACGCCCACCGCAGAUCCAGCCUGCCGAUCGUGUCCUCGGAAACGGUCGCGGACGAUAACGGUCACGAGCCACCCUCCUUGCCCGUGCCCUUACGAAAAACAUCGUCACCCCAGAAACGACCAAGGAGUGCCUCUACGUCCACGCAGGUGGAUCCUCAUCAUUUCGAAGCCAAACGAUCGAAGCAAGGAAAUCCCUCCACGCGGCCAAUGUUCAGUCCAGGUCCGACACGACCUCCAUUCAGAAUACCGGAAUUUAAAUGGUCAUACAUACAUCAACGGUUGCUAUCGGACGUGCUAUUUUCUUUGGAAACAGACAUUCAAGUAUGGAGAAGUCACUCAACGAAAUCUGUGUUGGAUUUCGUAAACAGCAGCGAGAAUGCUAUUUUUGUGGUGAAUACUGUCCAUCUAAUUUCGCAAUUAGCCGACAAUCUCAUAAUAGCUUGCGGCGGUUUAUUGCCCUUAUUAGCAUCGGCCACUUCACCAAAUAAUGAAUUGGAUGUAAUCGAGCCAACUCAGGGGAUGCCAAUUGAAGUGGCAGUUUCUUUUUUGCAAAGACUAGUCAACAUGGCCGACGUACUUAUAUUCGCUAGCUCGUUAAACUUUGGGGAAUUGGAGGCUGAGAAAAAUAUGUCAAGCGGUGGCAUAUUGCGACAAUGUUUACGACUGGUCUGUACAUGUGCCGUUAGAAACUGCUUAGAGUGUAAAGAACGUGGCAGAUCGUACAGCAUGUUAGGUCGGCAGAUUGGUUCUAGUAAUAAAUCACAGCACAUACAAUCGCUUAUACGCGGAGCUCAGACAUCGCCUAAGAAUAUCGUGGACAAUCUUACGCAUCAGUUGAGUCCUGUGAAGGAUCCCGAGAAAUUACUGCAAGACAUGGACGUAAAUCGUUUGAGAGCUGUCAUAUACAGAGAUGUUGAAGAAACCAAGCAGGCACAGUUUCUGUCCCUUGCUAUAGUUUACUUCAUCUCUGUAUUAAUGGUCUCGAAAUAUCGCGAUAUAUUGGAACCACCAAUAUCGCAGCGUCCACCAAGUCCAGUGCAAACGAUACAAACAAAUGGUGCCGGUCUCAGGCCAGGUAGUCCUUCAGAUGGGAAUGGUGGUGGAGGAGGGCGGCCCUUAUUUCCACAGUGGUCUCACCACGUGUACCCACAGUUCCUCCCGGGAUCUCACCCUAACGCCAAUGCAAAUGUCAAUGCCAAUGCCAAUCAUCACAUCAACCAGCACCAUCACCAGCACCCGCUACCGGCUGCCAGGCACUCUAAUCGCCAGCCACCCUCUAACUACUAUCUCCCGAAUCACCAUAACAAUCACUACAACCAUCAUCCAAAUAACCAUAACUAUCAUCGUCAUCAUCACUAUCAUCAUCAUAAUAACAACAACCACCACCAUACGCUUCAAAAGCAUAUCGAUCAGCCCCGAAAUCUCUGUCAUAGAAACUCCGGUGUCGGUCUGCAAGGUAGCGGAGGUAUAAUGAGUCAGUCGGGCUCUCAGGAUGAUGGCGAGUACGAAGUUAUCAUAGUCGACGAGAAUAAUUCUUCGAUUUUGGCUGAUCACGACGUCACAUCAUCAGGUCCGCCGUCGACUAAGGGAGGUCACAGUGGUGUACCUCGGCCGCGGACUAUUCUCGAGGAUUACACCUCAUCAGAACCAACGCUUGGCACUUCUACAAGGUCCGAACCACUGCCACGAAAUCUGCAGAGCAACGACUCCAGUGAGGAAACAGUACACCGCAGCAAUAUCACCGCGGAUCCGAGUCCUUCUGAAGUUACCACCGACAACGAAAACAAACAUAAUUCGUCCGAAGAAGCCUGGACAGACGUAAAUCUUAAUGAAGAUGGCGAUACAAUGCCUACCACAAAUCCAAGAGAAGACCCGCGAAACAUCCACAAUAUCGCACACUCGCGCGGUGACAUGCAAGAUAGCGAGGGUAACGUUUUGGAACAAGAAAUGCUCGGUAAUGCAGAACGCGGAGAGAAACCGUCGGCGGAAAUCUCCGUGGUGCGGGUUCCGGAUCGGUUAGUAGUGACCGCAGCAUCCCCAAGAGCCGACGAAUUGCCGAUCAAAGGUCUGGUCGAUCAUUUACCUGUACCAACACCUUCCCGCGAGGCCUCUCUCACGCAAAAGUUGGAAAUGGCCUUGGGUUCGGUUUGCCCUCUCCUUCGGGAGAUCAUGGUGGACUUUGCUCCCUUCCUAUCCAAAACACUCGUUGGCUCUCAUGGUCAAGAAUUGUUAAUGGAAGGAAAAGGUACGAGCUGUAAGGGUUUGACCACAUUCAAGAACAGCAACUCCGUUGUGGAAUUGGUUAUGCUCCUAUGCUCCCAGGAAUGGCAAAACUCCUUGCAAAAGCACGCAGGUCUCGCUUUCAUCGAGCUCAUUAACGAAGGAAGGCUGUUAUCUCACGCGAUGAAGGAUCACAUAGUAAGAGUCGCAAACGAGGCAGAGUUCAUUUUAAACAGGAUGAGAGCGGAUGACGUGCUGAAGCAUGCUGACUUUGAGUCACAAUGCGCGCAAACGUUGUUGGAUCGCCGGGAAGAAGAACGCAUGUGCGACCACCUGAUCACCGCGGCACGAAGACGCGACAAUGUUAUCGCUAGCAGACUGCUGGAGAAAGUUCGAAAUAUCUUGUCCAACAAACACGGCGCAUGGGGAUACAUGGAUCCAAUGGCUGCAAAAUUAGCCGAAUACUGGAAACUGGAUGCUUGGGAGGAUGAUGCACGCAGACGUAAGCGUUUCGUGCACAAUCCACUAGGCUCGAGCCACCCCGAGGCUACACUCAAGGCGGCUCUAGAACACGGUGCACCCGAGGAUGCGAUACUUCAAGCGCGUGAAGAGUUUCACGCGCAUCUCGCAGCCUCGCGUGCACACCAACAGCAAUUGCAGUCGGCGGAUCUUAUGGAUGACAGUGAAUUGCUGUCGGACGACAGGGAUCUCGACAACGACCUGACAGGUCCGGUGAACAUUAGCACGAAAGGCAAAUUAAUCGCACCCGGUAUCGUGGCGCCUGGCAUCAUUUCCGUUACAUCUACAGAGCUAUACUUCGAGGUGGACGAGGACGAUCCAGAGUUCAAGAAAAUCGACAGUGAGGUGCUGAAGUACUGCGAUCAUCUGCACGGAAAAUGGUACUUUUCAGAAGUCCGCGCGAUCUUCUCGCGUCGUUAUCUGCUGCAGAAUGUGGCCAUCGAGAUCUUCCUCGCCAGCAGAACUUCGAUCUUGUUCGCGUUCUCGGACCAGGCGACAGUAAAAAAGAUGAUCAAGGCGCUACCGCGGGUCGGCGUUGGCAUCAAGUACGGGAUACCCCAGACUAGACGGGCAUCGUUGAUGUCACCGCGACAAUUGAUGAGGAGCUCGAAUAUGACUCAAAAGUGGCAGCGUCGGGAAAUAUCCAAUUUUGAAUAUCUGAUGUUCCUGAACACAAUCGCUGGCCGCACGUAUAAUGACUUGAACCAGUAUCCUGUAUUUCCGUGGGUAUUAACGAACUACGAAACGAAGGAACUCGAUCUCAGUUUACCGAGUAAUUAUCGAGAUUUGUCGAAGCCAAUUGGUGCACUAAAUCCAAACAGAAGAGCCUACUUUGAAGAACGCUUCCAAAGUUGGGAACACGAUACCAUACCGCCCUUCCAUUACGGCACGCAUUAUUCUACGGCGGCCUUUGUUUUAAAUUGGAUGAUACGCGUGGAACCGAUGACGACUAUGUUCCUGGCGUUGCAAGGCGGCAAAUUCGAUCACCCGAACAGAUUAUUUUCAUCUAUCGCGCUUUCGUGGAAGAAUUGCCAGCGCGAUACAUCCGACGUUAAGGAGCUGAUUCCGGAAUUCUUCUUUUUACCGGAAAUGCUAGUAAACAGUAAUCGCUAUCGUUUGGGGAGGCAAGAGGAUGGUAGCGCGGUCGGUGAUGUUGAAUUACCACCUUGGGCUUCAUCCCCCGAAGAAUUUAUACGUAUAAAUCGAAUGGCGCUUGAAUCCGAAUUUGUGUCUUGUCAAUUACAUCAAUGGAUUGAUCUGAUAUUCGGUUACAAGCAAAAAGGCCCGGAAGCUAUACGCGCAACCAAUGUUUUCUACUAUUUAACGUACGAAGGUAGCGUGGAAUUGGACACGAUCACCGAUCCCAUGAUAAGGGAAGCUAUAGAGAAUCAAAUUAGGAAUUUCGGUCAGACGCCGUCGCAGCUCUUGAUGGAACCGCAUCCACCAAGAAGUUCCGCGAUGCAUUUGUCACCAAUGAUGUUCUCGAGUAUCCCGGAUGACGUGUGCAUGACCAUCAAGUUCCCGUCUAAUUCGCCGAUCUGUCACAUCUCGGCUAAUACUUAUCCUCAACUGCCACUGCCAUCGGUUGUGACCGUAACUACCGGACAGCAGUUUGCCGUUAAUCGGUGGAAUACCAAUUACGCAGCCUCCGUGCAAUCUCCGAGUUAUGCAGAUACACCCCAGGCGCAGGCUGCCAAUCAGCCAUUGUCGAUGGAUCCUGUUCUUUCUCAAGCGGCAAAUAGCUCGAAUCCAACGUUACAACGUCGACACUUAGGCGACAAUUUUAGUCAGAAGCUCAAGAUUCGUAGUAAUUGUUUCGUUACCACUGUGGACAGUCGAUUUUUGGUGGCCUGCGGAUUUUGGGAUAAUAGCUUCCGCGUCUUUUCUACCGAGACAGCAAAAAUCGUCCAGAUAGUAUUUGGUCAUUAUGGAGUUGUCACUUGCUUAUCACGUAGCGAAUGCAACAUUACUUCUGAUUGCUACAUUGCAUCCGGAAGUGCAGACUGCACUGUCCUCCUCUGGCAUUGGAAUGCUAGGACGCAGACUAUCGUCGGCGAGGGUGAAGCACCGGCGCCACGUGCCACCCUUACGGGUCACGAACAGCCUGUGACGGCCGUCGUCAUAUCCGCUGAAUUGGGUUUAGUUGUUUCGGGAUCACAUUUCGGCCCAGUACUUGUCCAUACUACUUUCGGUGAUCUCCUGAGGUCGCUCGAAGCACCGAACGGAUUUUCAUCUCCCGAAAACAUUGCUAUGUCACGCGAAGGUGUCAUCGUAGUAAAUUACGAACGCGGACAUAUAGCAGCAUUCACUAUAAAUGGAAAACGUCUUCGUCAUGAGUCUCACAAUGAUAAUUUACAGUGCUUACUGCUGAGUAGAGAUGGUGAAUAUCUAAUGACAGGUGGUGAUAAGGGUAUUGUAGAAGUUUGGCGAACUUUCAAUCUUGCUCUACUUUAUGCGUUUCCUGCAUGUGAAAGCAGUGUGCGUUCUCUCGCACUCGCUCAUGAUCAAAAGUUUCUUCUGGCUGGUCUGGCAAAUGGGUCCAUUGUGAUAUUCCAUAUCGACUUUAACAGGUGGCAUCACGAGUUCCAGCAGCGUUACUGAAAUUACGACUUCCUCUUCGCCUAAAAAGGCAAAGCGUAUGAAAUGUUAAAACGAAUUUCUGCGCUUAACUUUCCAAAUAGUACGACAAUUUCGAAUUUACUCGAACAAAUGGCUCUUUACUUGUUCGAUUUCUCGAUCGUGAAUUAUUUAUGAGUCUAUGAAUGUACGAGGAAACUGUGUAUUAUUUGCGCGACAUUUGUACGGGUUAGCUUCUCGUCAGACUAUCCUUAGAUUCGCCGCAAUUUACGCAAAGUUAUAUUCUACCAGUCGUUUUGGAUUAGAUGUAAUGAGCGGCAAUUGAAACGAACGGUGGUGCACUGCGAAUUUUAACAUUCAGCAAUAAACUCGCUUUCGUGACUGCGUGCAGUGCUUCUGUGAAGGAAGAAGUCGAGUGGAGCGAGAUGCGGAAGGCGAGAUGCAAUCAGAGUUCCGGCCGUUUAUCUUGCAUUAUUUGCCGAGUGGACAUCAAACUACAUCGCAAGCUUGUAAAAGCGUGAAACACGCGUGAAACACGCGUGCCGCUCGAAACGCUAGUCAAUUAACAAAAACUCGGAUCUACUUACGUUCAUGAGAUUUCGCGCGAUUUCUUCUCACGCGGUGCGAGAAGAGAGGUAUGGUAUAUCGGGGAGAAUGAUGAUCGCCAACGCGAAGAGAGAAACCGCGUCGAUGAGACGGCGGAGCUAAACAUACGUUAUUUUUAUGCCUGGAACUGCACGUGGAUUUGGCCCACGACACUCUAGUGCUAAUGUCCAAUUGUAAAUACGGAUAUCUAAUUCUUCACGUUAUACAUAUAUACAUACACACGUGCAUACACGCGCGCUUUAUUCCGUAUAUUAGAAGGGGCGAGGUGGCGGAAGGCGUGUAUUAUCUCGAGAGGUUUGCAUUGUAUUCUUCUCAGACGUAUUAAUGUCGCUCACGUCGAACUUUUUGGCUAAGCACCUUGUACGUUCAGUUUGGACUACACGCACGCGAACGCACUGCGUAAUCACUGGUAUCCGUGCGCCGGUGAAUGCAUUUCGCGAAGAUACGUCGCUUAUCGUUCUCCGGGCCCGCGAUAUCAACCUCCCUCGCCGCAACACUUUCUACACCCUAAUGUUCGCGUCCUUCGAAAGAGAUCCUAAUUUUUAUCAAAGCCGUCCAGCUUAACUUUUGCGAGGAUAUUUCUUAGUAUUUUCGCACGCGAUGUAUAUUAAUCAGCAAAGCAAGUUAUUUAGGCUAAAAAAAAAUAACAUCCCGAAUUCAUCCUUAACAUUCCGCGACUUGUCGAGGAUCGUUUGUGUGUGAAUGCGUCGUCAAUGAUCCCUAGGAUGACUCGAAUGACGAUAGAGUACGAUAGAUGAGAGAUGCGAGAGAGAAAGAACGAGAGCGUGAAGAAUGUGAGGACGAGAGAAUGGAGAAAAAGCAGAUAUACACCUUUAACAUCCAACAACGAUGGGGAAUAAGAUGCUUGAUCACGCAUAAGCGAUAGAAUUAUUAGCUUGAAUUUUGUUUGAACAUCAUCGUAGAACAUGUGAUAGUCUUGUAGUAUUGUAAAGUACUAUUGUCAUUCUGUGUUCUGUGUUCACUUCACGAGCUAGUCGUGAACACAGAAUACCGCAUAAUUAUAGCCUUCAGUUGUUCGUACGUAUUCCGGAUAUAAUCGUCAACUUGAUUUUAAUCACGUGUAACGAGUAAUUACUUAAUCUAUCUAAAGAAAAAGAGGGAUGGGGAAACCGUUUUGUUGUCGCUGCUCGGUCGUAGCCGUACAACGAUGACGAAUGUGUUUUUAAAGUUGUCACGGCAAUAGUCAUCAAGAUCUUCGAGUACGAGAAAUUGAUGGGAGGCGCAAAGGCGCAAGACUGAGAGAACGCGGGACGAUAAAUGCGGGAAGAAAGUGAGAGAACGCAAAUUUUAUUUUUUAUUCGAAGUGAAUUUUAAUUGAACGUUAUUAUGAUGUAAGUGAAUAUUGUGAUUCCAAUGAAUUAUUAGAUAUAACUUGCAUUUAGAGUAAUUAUACUUGUUUUAUUUUGAAAUGGAAGACAAUGUCUUUAGUUCUAAUAAACUUUUAGUACUUACUUUUAGUACUUUGUUACUUACUCGGACUAGUUAAAAAGCGAGUCUGGAAAAAAAUUCCGGUAUCAAUAAGAGAGCAGUAUUUAAAAUCUUUAAAACGAAUAAAUCUCGCUUCUUUAAUAAUUUCGUAAAACUUUGACAUUUAAUGCUUAAAAACUCAUUAACGUUGUCUAGUGCUUGAUAUGAUGGCAAAGAAUAGAUUUCCCCGCACCUCGAUACGUGUUCUAGUCAAGAAUUACCGUCGAAUCAUUGUCGUCAAUCACCUGCGAUCCUCAGCAUUUAGAUAUCGGUACAUUUAAAAAGAUAUGCCGUACUGUUUACGUGUAAUUGUAUAAAGUAAAUACAUAGUGCCGUCGUUUUAGCGAUCAGUCAUCUUGGGCUUGCGAGAUUACGGUAACGUUAAGUCAACACCGAACUAUGCAUGUGCUUCGUGAUUCGCAAUGCGCUAUUCGUAUGAGAUUCAUGAUUAAUGUUAAUUGGCAAAUUUGUCAAAGGAGGUGGUAAAAGUGGUCAAUUUUGGUCGUGAAUGAAGUUUAAAACUUAUGUAGUUAUUUUGAAAGUCCAUACAUUCAUGAAAGAAAGCUUAUUUACCCAAGAAAGAAUCUUCCAAUAAAAUAGAGUGUUUGAACGCUUUCAAACAAUCUAUUUUAUUAUUUUUGGAAGAUUUCCCAAGCUUUCUUGAGUAAAUAAGCUCCCUUUUAUGAACGUAUGAACUUUCAAAAUGAUAACUGUAUAGAUUCUAAAGAUGUUCGUUCAUAGUCAAAAUUGGUCAUUUCUAGACUCCCUCCUUUAUAUCGUUUAUUACUUUACUUGUCAGUAAAGUAGUUCUUUGAGAAAAUUAAAUAUAAAUCGCCACGAAUCUGUUAAUUCGUGUUGGUAUAUAAAAAUAUAAAUAAUAAGGCACGAACAAUAUGAUGGGGCUCCAUAUUGGCAAAUUACGAAUUUCUGCGAAUCUACGAUGAAUCAAGAAUUUUGCAUUGUUUCGUGUUAGUUUUAUGGUAUCGUAAUAUCGAUUCUUGUUGUGCACCGGACGAUCAGGGGGCGACCCACUCGCGAUUGAUCAUCGGUAAUCGUACAAUUUUUAAACGUUAGGCGAAUGUUACGUGUGCAAUGUGUUAAUAAUGGUGUAUUGCCACUCGUUAUGGGCGUGCUUCUGCAUGGUCGUUCGUAUCGUUUCGUUCGCGCGAAAGAAUGAAAGUGUAAAUGAGAGAGAAGGAUGACGAAGGAUGAUAUGAAUGAGACGCUGGAGGUUGAGAGUUGAGAGUGUCUGGAUGCUUUCAACAAUAUCGCUAAUUUUUCUUACGUAUAAAAACGAAUUUUUGUCACACAUGUAAAUGUUUACGUGUAUACUUGAUAUAUAGGCACACUAGCGACACUUUAUUUUCGCUACGAGAUAUACGGAAAAGAGAAAAAACGAAAAAAAGCGAAGCACACGACAUUCCAUCUGCAUUUUCUGCUUUUUGCCUUUUUAAAAAUUGCGUUUGCUCGUCUAUCUAGAUUGAGCUAAAGAAGAAAGAUGACAAAUUGGCAAACCGCUCCCUGUUCAUAAAAUAGUCAAAUUACCAAAAAAGUAUAGUUAAAUUGCGAGAUAAUGGAGAUGAUUUUGAAAACCCGUGCCGGAGAGUAUUCGAUGCCGCCGAAACGGCACGCAUAUUCGCAAUUAUUCAAUGAGAACGAAGAUAACGUAACGGAUGAGAAUGUAUCGGAGUGACAAGAAGUCGCAUAAGAGAAGAGUUUUUAUAUUUGUUUAUAGAUGUGUGAGAAUGUGCUGCACUCUUUAAGCAAGUUGUUAGUGAAUUCCCUCCAUAUUGCUAAUAUACAUAAAAGAAGUUAACUCAGAUCGAUUUCUGUCCGUACUUGAACAUUCAGUACAUAAAAAAAAAAUAUCGCUACUAUUUUAAAUAAUGCUAAGUACAACGCUACAAGAGUUUGCCUAUAUUAUUAUUACGAUUACGAUUUAUUGUCGUCAUUAUUAUUAAUAUUCUUAUUAUUAUAUUGUGGCUACAUUAACGUACUUAAUAUUAACGGCUACCUAUACAGGAGCAUAGAUUUGUAUAUUCGUCGGAUAAGGCCCUUAAUGUUUGCGUGUUAAAUAAUAAUUUUACUUAUUCACAUUACGAUUACGAGGAAGACGCGAGGUAAUAAGAACUGUAUAAAGUUUAUCCGGUUUUCAUUCACACAUGCCGCGAGCUGCCCGUAGAGAAGUACUUACAUCUAUAGAUUAAUCGCGUCUGUGUAAUGUUUUAUUAAUCACGGGCGGGAUAAGAGAAGAACAAUGCUGCAAAACAAGCGAAUAUAACACACAUAAGCGCUUACUUAUUAGGCUCGCAUUUAUCUACCUAACAACCUGAUUUAAGUCUCUCGAAGUUAAUUAAGAGUGACGUGGAAAAGUCAACAUAAGCUGUAGCGGGGAAGCUCAACGGAAUGUGAAUCAACGUCUCGAUUCUCACGAGAGGGUCGUAGCCAAACAAAAAGCUUUCGUCGAUGCAUGAUCAGUUUUUUACAUCACAUACGAAAGUCAAUAUACACGUAGCCGUAAAAUUGGAGCAGCUUCGAUCGCGCGAAUUCAAGGGGCUCGUCGAACAUCAUUUGCACCAGACAAUGUUUUAUAAGCACUGACUCGUUUUUUUUUAUCUCGAUCUGACGCAACCCGAUCUGACUUCGUGCGCGGAUUUGGGUCGGGCUCUUCCAAUUUACGGAUCAUCGUUAUCGCGACGAUUACGUCUCGUCGAGAUCGAGCCUCCUACGGACUACGGGCGUACUUCGGUGAACAUCCUCGUCAUUUCGAAUUGGAGACACGCAUGCAGAAAGAUACGACCAACGAUUGUGUUCCGAGAACAUAGUUAGUGGCCUAAUUAUUUUGCUAGCGGUGUUACGCCCGUAACGGCUCGAUGCUCGAUCGGUGGAUGUAGGAUGGUCGGGCGCAUUGUUGAAGUAGUCUCGACACUCGUCUCGUAUGAUUUCCGGCGAAGCCAAACCGUAAUCAUCGACGAGCACCUCGUCGUUGACAGGAGAUAUGCGGUACAGAUUAAUUCCCGCCACUUUUAAGAAGUACUACUAGGUAGAGAAGUACUUAAGUCGUUGCUACAUACCAGUAUAUAUAAGCUCUAUCGCUUAUUUUAUACUUAGAAGUAUUGUAAUGUUCGAUUAGAGAUAACAUAAUGGGAAAGUUGUAUCUUAGCAUAAGGUAGAAUAAUCUGUAAAGAUAAGUAGUCAAAUAAAUGAAAAGUACAUUUGAUGUUGCA